AUGUCGAGAGAAGGAUCACCGAGAGAAACACCAGCGGAUGAAUCUGAAACAACUCAACAACCUUUAUCAGCAAUGGAUGAAGGUCCAGUUGAUAAUCAAAUUCGCCCCGAUUCACAAACUCAAGAAGUUUUAAACUCUGAAACUGACACUUUUACAUUUGAUUCAACUACUGCACUAACACUAACGGAAUCAGCUCAGGAAAGUCAGAAACCAGAUCAAGAACAAGAACAAGAACAAGAAGAAGAAGGAGAAGGCGAAGGCGAAAACCAAACAACAGAAAAUGAAAAACAGGAUACUCAACAAGAAGAGACUACAGAAGUUACUGAUAAUGAUGACGAUGAUGUUAUUCUAAAAUUGGACCCUAAUGGUCCACCAAGACUUCCUGAUACUUUCUAUUAUGAUCCAGAAAGAAUUACUGCGAAACCAAUUAGUACUAAUGGCAAGAUAUUUCCUGAAAAUACAUUAUCGAUGUUUCGAUCAUUUGCUUAUGAUUGUAAUAAACGUGGAAAUUUACAUAUAUUGGAUAAUAAAACAAUCAUGUUUGUUGCUGGCAGUGUUGUUGAACUUAUUGAUCUACCCAGUGGACAACAUAAAUAUAUUCGAACAACUGGUGGAUACAGUAUAGGAGCAUUAAUCGUUCAUCCAAGUCGACACUAUUUUGCUAUUGGUGAAAAAGGUCACAUACCAAACAUAGUUAUAUAUGAAUAUCCAUCAUUGAAACCUUAUCGAAUAUUAAAAGCUGGUACAGAACGUUCUUAUGCUUAUCUUGAUUUUAAUAAUGAUGGUGAUUUACUCGCUUCACUUGGUUCGAGUCCAGAUUAUAUGUUAACAAUAUGGGAUUGGCGUGAUGAAAAAAUUCUAUUACGCAGCAAAGCAUCAUCACAAGAAGUUUUUAAAGUAUCAUUCUCAAAAGAUCUCAAAGGACAUUUAACUACAUCUGGUAUUGGUCAUAUCAAAUUUUGGAAAAUGGCUCGAACAUUCACUGGUUUGAAAUUACAAGGUGAAUUAGGUCGAUUUGGUCGAACCGAAAUUUCUGAUAUUGAAGGUUAUCGUGAAUUACCCGAUGGAAAAGUUAUUUCCGGUACCGAAUGGGGCAACAUGUUACUAUGGGAUGGUGGAUUAAUUCAAAUAGAAGUUUGUCGUAAAAAAGGCAAACCUUGUCAUCAUGGUCCAAUACAGCAAGUACUCUUAAAUGAAAGUGAUGUAUUUACUGUUGGUGAAGAUGGUUAUGUACGUGUUUGGGAUUUUGAAACUAUCGAUACAGCUGAAGCAAUUGAUGAAGGAUCAAAAAUGGAAAUAGAACCAUUGAAUGAACUUAAAGUAGGACCAGACAGUCGAUUGAUGGGUAUCAAACGAGGUAUUUCUGAUGACAUGAGUCUUUGGUUUGCUCAAGAUGCAAAAGGAAAUAUAUGGAAAAUAGAUUUAACAUUUUCAAAAAAUAGUGCUGAUCCUGAAUUACUUCUUUCGUUUACAUCAGGAGUUAUAACUGGCCUAGAUGUUUCAUCGGUUUAUCACAUAUUUGCUUGUUCGGCUGGAAAUUCUAUUCGAGUUUAUAAUAUUCCUACACAAGAUGUAUUGGCUCAAAAGACAUUUGGUACACAAGUUACAAGUUUAAAAUGGUUACCAACUGCUUUUGAUGAAAAAUCCGAUGGAAUAUUAGUUGGAUUUUCUGACGGUGUUUUACGAUAUUUAAAACUUCGUUCGGGUAUUAAACCAACCGGAACAGAAAAGAAAUAUGAAUUCGAUUUCCGAAUGAUACAAGCUCUUAAACCACAUACAAAACCAGUUACAUUUAUUACUGUAGAAGUUCAAAAUCAAUGGAUAGCUACAGGAAGUGCGGAUGGAACAGUGUUUUUCUUUAAUUAUACACCCAAAGGUUUAAUUCCAAUUGGUUUUGUCAAUGCAAAAGAAGAAAUCACGUUUAUGACAUGGACACCAGCGCAAUAUAAUAAAACUCGUCUUCUUGUUUGUUUGAAAAAUGGUAUUGUAUAUGAAUAUGAAGGACCAAAAGGUAUUACAUUCGAUACAUCAACAUCGUAUUUGAUUGAAACACAAUUACCUGUGAGAAUAUUUCGUUUUCGAAGUAUAAAGUCUCGAUUACGACAUGAAGAAGAACUCGAACGAAAACGAAAAGAAGAAGAAGAGCGACAAAGAAAAUUAGAGGAAGAAAGACGACUACGUGGUAUUGAAAAGAAAGACAAAGAAGGCGAAAAACCAGCUGAACAAGAGGAAGAAGAAGAAAAGAAAGAAGACGAUUGGAAACCAUAUAUACCUGAAAAACCUAGUGCUGCCUUAUUUGCAGUGUACACAUCUCCAGAUACAUUUUGGCUUUCUAUGGAUGACUACGAUGCUGGAUAUUUAUAUCAUUGUCAAUUUGGAAAUAAAGACGAUCGUUUUCAAUAUAAUUCAGAACGACAAGAUGUUGUGUUAAGUACUUUACCUGUACCCGAAACUGAUCUAGCAUAUGGUGAUGAUAUUCCAUUAACAAGUAUUCUCAUUAGAGAAAAGUUAAAUUGCAUUUUUGUUGGUUUAAAAAAUGGUUUCAUACGUAUUUAUCCAUACUGUGGUACAGAAGUAUUUGAAUCACUGAAUGAUUUUUGGACGGAAGGAGCUCAUGAUAGUGAAUAUGGAACGGUAACUAAUCUAGUUACAUCAUUUGAUAAUCGUUUUGCAUUAUCUGGUGGCGCCGAUGGAAAUAUAUUUGGUUAUGUAGUAAAAGGAGAUUUAGAUAUUCUUCAACAAUCAUCGGAAUCACCUAAAAUGCCAGCAUUUGCGGGUGAAAUUGAAGCACAAGAUAUAACUGAACCAAAUCAUUACUCGAUCGAAGAAGAAAAACAAAAGGCUGAACAAGAUAAAAUGAAAAAAACAGCAGAAGGAUUAAAAAAUGAAAUGCGACAAAGAAUUGAAGGUUUAAGAGGAAAGUUUAGAAAAUUAUUAAUGGAAAAUGAUCAACUGCCUACUGAUCUAAAAAUUGCUCGUCAAGAUUUUAUUCUUGAUCAACAUAUUCGAGAAAAUUUUCUUGCUGAACUUCAAGAUAAAGUUGAUUUAUCUAUUAAAGAAUUAGCAUGGGAAUCUGAACGUUGUAAUAUUGCAUUAAGAAAAUUAGAACAAUGGUUUAUCGAUCCUGUUGUCCAAGAUGUUGUUUCUGUUAAAAGUUUUGAUGGUCAAUGGGAAGUUAGUACAUUUCGUACUAUUGAAUUACCACAGGAUUUCUAUGAAAUGCAAGAAGAAAUUGAACGACAAAAAACUGCUUUAAUGGAUAAAGGAAAAAGAAAAGAAACUGUUGAUGUGUCCGACGAAAGAGCUGGUGAAAACAGAGAAGCACGCAGUACCGAUACGAAAACGUCAACAACAAAAUUGAAAGGUGCUAAAGCAAUGCGCGUAGAACGUUUACUUCGUAAAAUGGAAGAACGUGCGAAACGACGACAAAAACGAAAAGAAGAGUGGGCAAUACUUUAUCAGAAGAAAAAACCAGAAGGCUUUGAUGAUCCAACUGAAGUUGAUAGUAUUCGUUAUGCAAGAGAGAAUAUGGGAAAUUAUUUCUUGAAAUCAGCAGCCGAUUUUGUUGUACCACUUGAACAACGGCUUACUGUUCUACGCGCACUUGAUCGAAUCAUGAAAUUGAGAUAUACGACAUACACUUAUAAACGAGAAUUUAACAAACGUGUUUUGAAUCUUAUUCAACGUAAACGUACUCUAGCCGAACAAAUCAAUAACGAACUGAAAAGAUUAAAAAAUCUUGGUCAAAAUCAAUCCAAUCAUCAAGAACUAUUCAAUAUUCCACUAUUACCACCUGUUCAAGAUGGAGACGAAGGUCGUUUUCAAUUUACUAAUGAAGAAAUUCAAGCAUUUCGUGAAGAACAUGAACAACGCAAUGGCGAUUUAACCAAGCCUGAAGAAGACUCUUCAAGUUCUAAUACUCGGCAAGCGUCAUCCUUAAAACGUGCGAUUGAUCUUCGUUGGUCUGUGAAUUUAAAAGAACCAUUACCAUCCCAUGCUAUUAAUAAAGAUCGUUCGAAUGAAGCCAUCAGUAAUCCUACGCCAGCUAGUGUUCUACGAGAAAUUCAAAAUCAGGAAAAUUCAAAAUCAAAUCCGUUUGCCUAUCGAUCUUUUUUCGAACGUGAUAGAAUACUUGAAAAUGUUCAAGAAACAAUGCAUCGAUUUGAUAAUGAUGUUUGCUUGUUGUAUUAUCUUAAAAUAAUUAAAACAUUACGAGCUAAAGAAACUGAUCUUCGAUGUGUUACAUUCUAUGAAGAAUUAAUGUUAAUGAAAGAAUUUGAAAGAACAGAAAACGAUUUAGAGAGUAAACUAGCAGAAGCUCAAAAACGAUAUGAUAAUGAACAAACGAGGAUCAAUGAAUUCCUUGGAAAAAUCGAUGCUAAAAAGAAAGAUAUUGAUAGUUUAGAUGAACGAAUGAAACAUAUCUAUGGACGUUAUGAUGAAAUGGUAUCAAAAGAACAUAAAUUCUACAACUAUCUACUUCGAGUUUUGAACAAAAAAAUAAAGCGAAAGAAACGUGUUGAAGGAGAAGAAGCUGACGAUGCUGACGAUAUGUCUCAAGAUUUUGAUGAAGAUGAAGAUUGGGAACUUGAAGAUGAUGAAGAUGAAGAUCAAGUAGCCAAUGAAGAUACAACACGACAACUUGAUGUUGAUAUUUGUCCGCCAAAUCUUGAUCAAAAGCUGUAUGAUGAUAUUGUUGCUUUACGUGAAAAACGGCUUGAUCUUGAUGAAGCCAUAGCAGAUGAAAAAACAGUUCUACAAGCGUUACAACAAACACUUGGACAAACACAAGUUUACGCAAAUAAAGUUGAUGCUGAAUUGAAAGCAAAACAUGCUGAUUUGAUUGACUUCCAAAAAAAGAAACAAAGAAAGAUCAAUGAUAUUAAUGUUGCUACUGGCAUUCGCUCUCAUCAAAUUCGUUAUGAUCGUUCAACUCAUUUACCAGAUGAUUUAUCGGACGCAUUAAUAUUUAAUAGGAUCAAUAAAUCAGGCUUAACAAGUCGUAUUGUGGAUGUGAGAGCAGAAAUCAAACGAGAAAAAGAACGAUAUGUAAAUCGAAAACAAGAACGAAAAGAUUUGUCACAUGAAGUAAAACAUGCUGCUCAAGUUAUAAAACGUUUAACUGAUGAAUGUAAUAAAUUAAUGGCAGAGAAAUUCGGCAAAUUAGUUCAAUUAGAAAAACUAGAAGGAGCCAUUGUUAAUCUACAAAUUGAAGAACUUAAGCAACGACUUGACGAUGCUGGUGAUGAAUAUUACAAUACAAUGACACAAUAUGAGCUUCGUAAAAUCGAAGAAAAUGACGAUACAAUUGAUUUAUUAAAAACGAAUACAAAACGUCUUGAUGAACUAACUGAUAUUGUUGAUGAAAGACGUCUUCUCGAUGAACAACUGAUCUCACGCAAAACGAAAGCUGCUGAUGAAUUUACAGGUCCAUCAAAACAAAGUGUCGAAGAAUUCGAUCGUCUAUGUACUCUUGUUCAAUUACAAGCACAAGAAAUAGAAGCAUUAAAAGCUGAAAUAGUUAUUCUAUCACGUAAAGGUGGACAUAUUUUACCACCUAAUCCAGCCAUACUUCCACAAAAUUCUUAA